AUGACGGAGGCUAACUCAACCCCAAGUGUCAGCUUAAAGCUUCUCGUCUUGGUAGCUAUUUUGGUCGUCUUCGCAGUGGUGAUUGUGCUUCUGAUCUUCUUCCUGUGCUUGCGGGGGAGCCGGAGUUGGAAGCGGCGGAAGCUGGCGGUGAAACACAGCUCCGGGAGCAUCCCUCUGGUGUCUAAGGAGAUCAUGGUGGUGAAAACCUCGGAUCUCACCCCUGCGACGACGAGCGAGAUUGGUGACGUGGAGGGUGAUCCGAAGAAGGAGGCGGAUGUGAAGGUUGAUAUUGGAGCGGUGACAGCAGGGAAGAGCGAAGUGUCCGGUGGUGGGGCCCACCGCAGCGAGGUGUCGGUGGAGGAUCCGAACAUAGGGUGGGGCCGGUGGUACAGCAUGAGCGAAGUGGAGCUUGCCACGCGCGGGUUCGCGGAAGGGAAUGUUAUUGGGGAAGGUGGGUACGGGGUUGUGUACAGAGGAAUUUUGCAGGAUGGUUCCGUCGUGGCUGUCAAGAAUCUUCUCAACAACAAGGGCCAAGCUGAGAAGGAGUUUAAGGUAGAGGUUGAAGCUAUUGGAAAAGUAAGACAUAAGAAUUUGGUUCGUCUGGUAGGAUAUUGCGCAGAAGGUGCUCGAAGGAUGCUUGUUUAUGAGUAUGUUGACAAUGGAAACCUGGAACAGUGGCUGCAUGGUGAUGUAGGACCAGUUAGCCCCUUGACAUGGGACAUUCGAAUGAGAAUUGCUACUGGAACUGCAAAAGGGCUAGCCUAUUUGCAUGAAGGCUUAGAACCCAAAGUUGUGCACCGGGAUAUAAAAUCCAGUAACAUUCUAUUGGAUAAAAACUGGAAUGCCAAAGUAUCAGAUUUUGGACUUGCCAAACUCUUAGGAUCUGAGAAAACCCAUGUGACUACGCGUGUAAUGGGAACAUUCGGAUAUGUUGCACCUGAGUAUGCAAGCUCUGGUAUGCUUAAUGAGCGCAGUGAUGUGUAUAGCUUCGGAGUUCUUCUCAUGGAGAUAAUCACAGGAAGAAGCCCCAUUGAUUAUUCAAGACCACCUGGAGAGAUGAAUUUAGUAGAUUGGUUCAAGGCAAUGGUGGCAAGUCGUCGCAGUGAGGAGCUAGUUGAUCCUUUAAUUGAGAUUCCACCCUCUCCAAGAUCUCUGAAACGAGUUUUACUGAUUUGUCUGCGGUGUAUAGACUUGGAUGUCGUUAAACGACCAAAGAUGGGUCAAAUUGUUCAUAUGCUUGAGACAGAUGAUUUCCCCUUUCGUUCUGAGCUACGUACAGUUAGAGAGAAAGAUCCUGUGUCUUCUCAUGCAGAUGUUUCCAUUAAAGUUCCUUAUCCACCACCAAAGCAUGCAGAAACCGUAGAAAAAUCAAGAUGGAGAUGA